AAGUGGUAUUGCAACAAGCACAGGGUCGCAUACACGCUCAUAAAAUGAUCGAAAACCAAAUACCAACCUCACUUGGGAUAUCAAAGGUUCUUGGCAACGGGUGCUGUGUGUGAAAUUCCAGGGACACUUAUGGCCUACAGCAUGUUACUGAAACUCUUAUGUGCCGUGACCUUCAGUGUCGUAGGGGUCAGCGCCACUUUUCAAAUGGUGGAUAGGAAAGAAAUUGCCCCUAUGGUUUUCCACCAAACUCCGUACGUUCAAUUCAAGUCUGGAUUCGGGGCAUCUUUUAACGAAUUCGUCGCACCAGCGCCCGAGCCUAGUUUCGGUAUCCAGGCACAAGUACCAGUAGCUAAUUCUUUAGGAACCGGCGCAACAACACUAAAUAUUGCAGGGCCCGAAUCAUUCCUAAAUAUUUUUGGAAAUAAAGAUAGUUCAUUAGGAGUCGGUGCAAAUACAUUAAUUAUGCCAGAUCCCGAACCCUCAAUUGGAAAUUCUGGUGGAAAAGGUGGAUCGUUUGGAAUGGGCGGAAACACAUUUCGCAUGCCGGAAGUCGAACCAUUCGUAAGAAAUUCUCAUGGGAAAAGUGAUUUAUCAGGAAUUGGUGGAAAUACUUUAAGUAUUCCGGAACCAGAACCAUUUUCAGGGACUGCUGGUGGUAAAGGUGGUUCAUUUGGGAGAGGCGAUACUACAGUUAAUAUUGGCGAACCCGAGCCCUUCGGAGGAAAUUCUGGAGGUAUAAGUGGAUCAUUUGGUGUAAGCGGAAAUGGUAUUCCCGAGCCCGAACCUUUUAUUGGAGCUUCUGGUGGAAAGAGUGGUCCAUUCGGUUUAGGGAGAGAUGCAUUUUCCGUCCCAGAACCCGAACCAUCGGGAAGAAAUAUCGCUGGCGGAAAAGGCGGAAUUACAAACGACAUAUUUCCAUUCGAACGGAACACGUUUACUGGCAAAAAAGCAUAUCAACCUAUGUUACCUGGAUUUCCAGAAGUAAUCAUCCCUGAUGAAUUUAGAGAUCCUUGUUUUCAUAGGGUCAAAGCUGCAUUUGCAAAAGCAUAUCCUUCGUUGCCAAAAUUGACCGAAGAAAUUACCGUCAUCGCUGUUCCGAUGCCCAGGUACGUGAAGGAUCUUCCCCAAUAUGCAUAUCCGACUUAUUCAGGCUCUGGAAUACUUUACGCUCCAUACCGAAUGCCAACUACAAACUACCCCUUGUUCGUUCCGUUCAAUGCUUCUGUGGAGGGAAAACUGGAACUGGACCGUCAUCCAUUAUUACUUCCUUAUCCGCAGCUUGCCGCAAGUCAACCUAAGUAUGGUCGCGAGUACCCUAUAUACAUACCGUUCUCUACAAAAGCAGUAAGGGCAUAUCCGGAACACACCCCAUGUGGAAAUGACAUAUGGUUGCCAUUUCAAGUAGGUAAAAAGCAGUUUUUCAGAUACAGAAGAUUCACUCUGGAAUUGCCAAAAGUCUCCUCUACGAUUCAAAAUCCAAACAAACUUAAAGGUAGCGCACUGUCUGCAUUACCCUCUUUUACACCGAUCAGUCCUAUUGCUCCUGUAAUCCUUCCAGUGAUCCCUAGCUUCACGCCGAUGAUCCCAAUUAUGACAAUGCCUCUUGUUCCGAUGAAAUAUCCUUCUUUUAUACCACCCCUAAAGCCGAUCAUACCAACGAUCCCGAUGGCCACUAAAAGUGACUUUGGAUCGACCUUCGGUUCACCUGCAAGUAUUCCUUUGAAUUCGGUAUCAGGUGGCUAUACGGAGUUUCCUUCUUCUUCGGCCAUUUCUUUGAACUCAGGAUCUGGGGGAUACUCAGGAUUCCCCUCACCUGCAGGCAUUUCUUUGAACUCAGGAUCUGGGGGAUACUCAGGAUUCCCCUCACCUGCAGGCAUUUCUUUGAACUCAGGAUAUGGGGGAUACUCAGGAUUUGAUUCACCUGCAGGCAUUUCUUUGAAGUCAGGAUCUGGGGGAUACUCAGGAUUUGACUCACCUGCAGGCAUUUCUUUAAACUCAGGAUCAGCUGGCUAUUCGGGAUUUCCAUCACCUGCAGGCAUUUCUGUAGACUCGGGAUCUGGAGGCUACUCAGGAUUUGGUUCAUCUGCAGGCAUUUCUUUGGACUCGAUAUCAGGUGGCUACAUGGGAUUCCCCUCACCUGCAGGCAUUUCUUUGAACUCGGGUUCAGGUGGCUAUAUGGGAUUUUCAUCACCUGCAGGCAUUUCUUUGGACUUGGGAUCUGCGGGAUAUGCAGGAUCACAGUGGGCAAUGCAGUCUGCCCCAGUUUUAUCAUCUGGAUCUUUUGUUUAUAGCAAUGUUCACGGUAACAACCCAGCAUUCACACAACUGUCACUUCAAUCGGUGGCUGAGCCAGCGGCCAUUAAUAUCCACCCUUCCGGCUCUUUCAGCACAAUUAACUCGGCCGGAAAAGGGUCAUCUCAAACACCUACCUCGACAAAAAAACGUGGGUAUUACUGACACCAAGAAGGGGAAGCCAUGAACAGACUACAGGUAUAUUGACAGGAUGGAAUGACGGACACCUUCCAUAUGACGGGUAAAUUCCAACCACUGUCUGCAUAUGAAUUUCACCGGAGCUGGGACAUGCAUUCAUAGCUUAACCACACACGUGUUUGACAUAUUCUUCUUACCUGGCGGAUUGUUAAUAAUUUGGAGUUGUCGGUGUCUUCAUCCUUCGAGUGUCACUGUGUUUAUGUGGGCUAAUGUUGACGAUAUCAUUGAGGAGAACGAAGCAAUGGCUGGGUUGUUUUACAGCCUUGAAUAUUGUAUUACUACUUGAGCUUUUUACUUACAUUAUUUCACCGUCACACUGACUUUAAUAUUGUCCAUCUUUAUAUGUUUCGAUUUUGCUGUUUUGAUUGUUUAAAUUUUAUUUAGCUAUUAAACAUUUAUAAAAUA